UUUUAUCCUGACAACAAAACUACUUCUACUCUGAUAAUGAAUAAUUUGUAAAAUUAGUUACGUCAACUAAAUUUUUUUAAUGCCACUACGAAUAUGCAACGACGAUUUUGCAAUAAGAGCAAAAUUAUGUUUCUCCGUGUAGGUUUGACGAACUAUUUCACAGUCAUUGCGACUGAAACUUUAGUUUUAAUAAUCACAGAAAAGUUGGUUAAACUAUACAGAUUAAUUUGACAUAGUUACGCAAAAAUGAUCCAACCCAGAAGUUAUGACUUUCGAGUUUUUGUUGCCAAUACGUAGUCUUUCUACGCAAGAUUUAAAGAAAAUCCAAGCUUUUGGGGGCGUCCGAAAUUAAUAGAAUAGCUUUUAUUUUCUACUAACUGCGUAUCUUUCACCCAUGUUCUAAACUUGUCAAUGAAUAUCCCUGAAGAGAAGAAAAUUGGACAUGCUUGACUCCUUCAACGACUGCGAGGAAGAACCUCGGUGCUGUCUAUAUUUUCCAAAUCGUGCAUCAAAUUUUCAUCCUCAAUCUUGUUGGAAAGUCCUGUUGUAGGUUGAAUCGUUCUCUCGCGUAACUACAGUCGCUUCUAUAUACAAAACUCGUACAGUCGUCACCUGUGCAACUUGUCAUCGCUGUGUGUCCUUCUCUCCGAGCGCAGAGAAAACACGAUUUGAUAUCUGAUCGUUAUCGAUGCGCGUCUGAUAACGCGCUGAAUCGCGCGAAAAGGCGCACGUAACUCUUUCGGAAUGAGUAAGUCCGCCGCAUCGACGCAUGUUUGCGUAAUCAUUUGGCAUGCUUAUGUGUGUGUGCGCGUGCACGAGGCGGUGACGAGGCAGCGGGAAGAAUGCUUGGUGCAAUUAGCGGCAUUCUCCGCGAAAUCAUCGUCGCGCCUGGUUCACGUUGUUGUUGCCGCUGCUGUUGUUGUUAUUACAUUUGUUGCAUCUGCACUGUGUACGCGUCCUGCAGGAGAAAGCCCCCGACAUGCCACAAUACACCGGACAGGGCGACACGGAUUACCAUGGAAGUAACGGACAGGCGGACACCCACUCGUUGCACUCGUCUCAUCUGUCCGUCCAGGAGGAUCCGCUGCUCAUCCGGACGCACAAGCAACAAACUUCUCAGCAAGUGACGACUGUGACGAAAGUCGUGCGCGAGGUUUCCCACAUGGAGCCGGAUCCGGGCGCGGUCAGUUACAUGUCGGUGCCGUUGAUGUCGCAGGAUUAUCAGCACGCGGACCCGCGCUACCCGGCGGACCCGUACAUGGUCGCCUUCGACCAUUACGACCCGUACCUGGGCUAUCCGCCGCAACCGGGAUAUCCAGGACCUCACGGCAUCUACAUGCCGCGCUCGCAUUCCCCCCACAGCCCCCACAGCCCGUCGGAACACAGUCGUGCUUCGCCGCCACACGAGUACAUGCGCAAGGGUGCGCCCUACGUCGAGGGCGGCUAUAACGACAUCGACCCCGGCUUAAACCCCGCUUUACAGGACCAUUAUCGCAUUACUCCCAGUCCAGGUGGUCCCGGAGAUCAGUAUGAUCGAAUCAGCAACUCGUGGAAUAUGGAUGACUCCGGCGAACCCUCUCAACAUCCUCAUGACGAGGGCAAAGUGGCCUACGGAUACGUGUCGCCGUCGCCUUACGGGCCAGUGGGUUAUGGACCAGCCGUGGGAGUGGGCCCGGUACCGAGCGACGUACCGGGCUACGAGGAGGGCCAUCCGGUGCCGUUACCAUCGGGAGUACCACCCGGCAUCUUUGAGGACGAGGUGCACCUACAGCGGUUGCAAUCGCGUCACCCGGUAGUGCCCGGCAUGGCCAGCCCGUUGGACGACGACCAGAAGUCCCUGCGCUGGCGCGACCCCAACCUGUCCGAGGUGAUCGGUUUUCUGAGCAACCCCAACAACAUAAUCAAAGCGAACGCGGCCGCGUACCUGCAGCACCUCUGCUAUAUGGACGAUCCGAACAAGCAGAAGACGCGCAGUCUGGGCGGCAUACCGCCGCUGGUGCAGCUGUUGGACCACGACAACGUGGAGGUGUACAGGAACGCGUGCGGCGCUCUGCGCAAUUUAUCGUACGGCCGGCAGAAUGACGAGAACAAGCGCGCCAUCAAGAACGCCGGCGGCGUGCCCGCCCUCAUCAACCUGCUGCGACGGACAUCCGACGCGGACAUUAAGGAACUGGUCACGGGAGUGCUGUGGAACCUGUCCUCGUGCGAAGAUCUCAAGAGGUCGAUCAUCGACGACGGCGUGACGAUGGUGGUGAACAACAUAAUAAUACCUCACAGCGGCUGGGACCCGAGUUCGUCGAGCGGCGAGACCUGCUGGUCCACGGUCUUCAGGAACGCGUCUGGCGUGCUGAGGAACGUGUCCAGCGCCGGCGAAUAUGCGCGGAAGAAUCUGCGCGAAUGCGACGGCCUGGUCGACGCGCUGCUCUACGUGGUACGCUCGGCGAUCGAGAAGUCGAAUAUCGGCAACAAAAUCGUGGAGAACUGCGUGUGCAUUCUGAGGAACCUGAGCUACCGUUGCCAAGAGGUGGAGGACCCGAACUACGACAAACACCCCAUCCAGUCCACGGUGCAGAACAGGGUCGCUGCACCCGCGAAAGGCGAGAACUUGGGCUGUUUCGGCGGCAGUAAGAAGAAGAAAGACGGUCAACCGGUCCAGAAGGAAACGACCACGUCGCGUACGACAAGUCCACGCACCGAACCAGUCAGAGGAAUGGAAUUGCUUUGGCAACCGGAAGUGGUACAGUCAUACCUCAGUCUCCUGCAAACCUGCUCGAAUCCGGAAACACUCGAGGCCGCGGCCGGAGCGCUGCAGAACCUCGCGGCCUGCUACUGGCAGCCAAGCAUUGAAAUUCGCGCGGCCGUUCGCAAGGAGAAGGGUCUCCCGAUAUUAGUGGAGCUCUUGAGGAUGGAGGAUUCACUUGACGCCUUUUCCGGCCAGGUGGACCGAGUAGUCUGCGCGGUCGCGACCGCGCUGAGGAACUUGGCGAUAGACCAACGCAACAAGGAGUUAAUAGGGAAAUACGCGAUGAGGGAUCUCAUCCAGAAGCUACCGUCUGGAAAUAAUCAGCACGAUCAGGGCACGAGCGACGACACGAUCGCGGCGGUGCUCGCGACACUGAAUGAGGUCAUCAAGAAGAACGCCGAGUUCUCGCGGUCAUUGCUCGACGCUGGCGGUGUCGACAGACUAAUGAACAUCACUAGGCAACGCCAAAAAUAUACGCCGCGCGUUCUCAAAUUUGCAGGACAAGUACUGUUCACCAUGUGGCAGCAUCAAGAACUGCGAGACGUGUACAAGAAGCACGGCUGGAAGGAACAGGACUUUGUCACGAAAACCGUCGCCGCCAGAAAUUCAGGGCCUAAUUCACCCAACAACGCUAACAGCUAUGAUUGCAGCACUCUCAACCGACCGAUGGCGAGCCAGGGCAGCACAAGAUACGAGGAUCGAACGAUCCAGCGAGUGAACAUGAACUCGAAUAAUGUCGGUCGACCUACUAUAUAUCAAUCACAGCCGAAACCCGGUGAGCCGCUCUACGCGCAAGUUAACUUGGAGAAGAAAAAGAAGCGGCAGUACGAGCUGGGGGUGGGCCAGGGUCAAGCCGGUGGCGGCGCGAUACCCGGCGGAGGUGGCGGCGGCGGCGUGACCGGGCCGGGUGGCGGCGGCGGGCCCACGUCGGUGGGCCAGUGGAUGCCGGACGGCGUCGGGGUGCCGGACGGUAACGCGUCCGUCGCCGCCACGGUGACCAACGUGCCGCCUAACUCGACCGCCGCCGCCGCCGCCGGCGACUCCUGGGUAUAACACGCCCUCGAGCAGGUCCGCAGGACCGCUGGGAACCUCGGGCUCGUCGCGUCCUACGCAAGCGAGCCCUCGCCGAGCCUGUCCAUGUAGGAAGGAAAGAAGACUCGCGCGGCAACCGUUUCCGCCGCGGACAUGGCAUCGAGCACAGCUGCGUCCGCCGACAACGACGCCGAUGACGACGACGACGAGGAGAGGAGAGGAGCGUGCGAGUCGAUAAGGGAUGCUAAACGAGCUCCUCCGUAAAGUCAUGUAAGCUCACGUUCGAGGCCUCUCGACUGCGAGAAUCGCGUCUGCGGAACGACUUCGUCGCGGAUACUUGGCGGACGACGUGGUUGGAGGUCGACGUUUGUAAGAUUAGGCAUCCGUUGCGUCGUCAGACGCCAUUGUCUGGGGUCGGGGACAGGGCGUGGAGGAAUUACAGGUCGAUCACGAGGGAGACCACGACGUCGUCGUGGUCGCUCUUAGUCGAGCGUAGGCGAGAAAUGUUUUUACUGCAGGGUGUUAUAAAGUAAGGGCAGACUGAAUAUAUAGUAUUAAUACACGGCGAUCGCGAGGAGGAGGACGAUUCCCGGUGAGGAAUCGUCAGUAGAGAAGAAGGCGGUCUCACACACACGCUGAUCGUUCCGAUCGAAUGAAAGUAGCCCCCGUUUGCGAGUGCAUUCUCGCUCGGAGCGUUGUCGAACGAGUAACACGCGAAAAUAACGUUAAGUGUCGGACCUAACCACGCGACGGAGGCUUCUUCGAAGAAGGAGGAAGGCGACACCAGGUAUUACACUUCGCUGUACAGAAACAGACGUCCACGUUAAGAUUAGGAAGAUCGCGAUCGCGCGUCGAAGUUGAGCAGCUGGGUCUACGCCAAGUCGAGGGAUAACGAUGGCAGCUUUUACGAGUAACAGACUGAAAGCGAAGCGCCAAUCCGAUUCCGAGGGUUGAACUCGGGCUACGAAGAUGUACGCGCGCAAAGACGAGAACCCUCGGUUCGACGAGCGGAGGAGUGAAGAACGAAAAAUGUAUCGCGUCGUGCAAGAGGAGGAUCAAUAGGAUCUGGAGAUUCGAGGUUUCUGUCGAGAUCGAGAAUCGUUCCUGUCGUCGCGUCGUGUCGUCCUGUCUCGGUCUCAAGGACAACGUGAAGCUCCUCUCGCCCGUAUCGUCUACGGGACGAGGCGGAUUAUAACGGGAUCGACUGCAAAUAGCCCGGGAAGGAGAAAAGGGUCGAGAUCAAAGGCUCGCGGCGCGCCGAGGUUGAUCGAAAACGUCGUCUCUCUCUUGAGCGCGCACUCGGAUGAAGUGCACACUCGAGUCGCGAGGAGCCUUCGUGCACGUUGACCUUGAGACCUCCGCAGCGACGCGCUCAGCCGUUCAUCGAGAACUUCCUGCGGCAGGAUAAAGUCGGGACGGGACGAGGAGGAGAGGGAGAUCCCGCAGAAACGUGCGACAGCGUGUGCACCUCGAGUGCAUGACGACGAUGCACCAUCAUUAUCACCUACAAUCAACAACAUCACCACCACCACCACCACCACCACCACCACCGCCGCCGCUAUCACUAUCACCGUUAUCAUCAUCCAACCCCCUUCUACCCGCAAUUUCGAUGUACGACACCACGAUGAUGGUACUCGGCGAGCAAGAGAGCGACUCGUCCAACAACCACAUCCGCAGCAGUAGUCGCACUAAAUGGCUCUAAAACCUUCAUUGCACAAUUCUAAAUUAAUAUAUACUGCGUCUAAAUAUAUUACACGCCGCGUCAUGGACGGACACACAAUCACACAUACAUACACACACGUACAUACGUAUGCAAAUGCGUACGUACUACACAAAACGUAUACACACGACACGAAAGCGUAAGUGUAUAUUUUAAGACGGUAUUAGCGGGGCGACGAGAGAAAGAGCGUAUACCGAUCAUCGUGAAGUACCGUUAAGAGUAUAAGUAGGCGUGUCUAUGUAAGUAUUAUAAAUAAGUAAAGCGGCGCAAAGAGAGAAAGAGAGAAGCGCUACGUAAGCGAUUAAAAAAGGAUCGCCCGUGAUUUUUUACGCAGCUCCGACGACGUCGGUCGUGUAGCUUUAUAUCUCGCAGCACAGGGAGAGAGAAAGAAAGAGAGCAUACGACGUCCUCUCUCGCAUGGAGGAAGCGCCAAGAGGACUCGAGAGUUAAAAUAAUAUCCUCCGUGAGACAUCCUGCGCAGAGGUACAAGAAAGAGAGAGAGAGAGAGAGAGAGAGAGAAAGAGAGAGAGAAGAUCUAAGCGCAGGAGAAGAGAGAGAGAGAGAGAAUGCGGGUGUGAAAGCUCGCUGACGAUUACGUCGCAUCGCAAUUAUACGCAUCAGCGACGAAUCUCGCUGCGAUAUUAUGGUCCGGCGCGAUCACGUCACCCGAUACGAAUCACACUCGAUAACAAUUACACGCUCGCGGGCGACGGAUUAUUCGAUAACGCGUUUUGAGCCCGCUCGAGAAACGGCGUAGAACGGGGAAGAGGAGGAAGACGACAACGGCCGGCUGCGCCCGCGAUCGAAAUUCUGACGGAGCCGCAGCCGCGCGCACGUUCCUCACGAUCGCAGCGAGAAGAGAUGCACAUGUACAUACACAUUAUCUCUGUGUGGUGGCGUAAUAAUAUUAGUUGCGGAGAAAGAGAGAGAGAGAGAGAGAGAGAAAGAGAGAGAGAGAGAGAGAGAUAUAUCACGCGCGGUUCGGCGCGACAGCCGCUGCAUUAUUAAUCCCGUUACCAUUUAAGGAGGUUGCGUUUGCACUUGCUUCUUUGUAAUACUUGGAUACCCACCUCGUCGUGCGCGCGCGUUUUCGUAUGCGCGCGCGCUCGUUAUAAAUAUUACGAAAGGAAACAUGAAUAAAUGAAUAUAUAUUAUAUAUAUAAAUAUAUAUAUAUACAUAAAUAUAUGAAUAUAUUAUAUAUAUAUUAUACAUAUACACACAUACAGCGACACACUGGCGUAGAUCUUAGCGUAUAUGACUGUACUAUGUAAACUUCUGAGGCUGUGGGUGUGGCACAAGGAUGCUGAUUUAUGAGCUGCUGCACUGUUGCAACGUGACUUUAGGAAAUAUACACUUUUAAGCGUGCGUGCGUGUAUGCGAGAGCGUGUGCAUCCUGUACGCGUGCGUGUGUGCGAGCGCGAAUGCGUAGGAGCGCGUGUCAAGGUGGAGAGACGCACGUGGUUCAAGUGUCGCGCAAACUCGCGUCUUAUCGUGUUGCGCGAACGUAUCUCAUCACUCAGCGGGAUGGGGUACACGACUGCUCAGGAUUUCUUUCACUUCGGUACAAAGAAGGGGGAAAAGAUUCCGCAAACGUGCCGUAAACUGCGCGAUGAGAAUUUAUGUGUGGUGCAAUUUUUCAGAUAUAACCUUAGAGAACGUUGAACACGUGUGAUGUCGCAAGAUCUUUAAUCUUUCCUUUCCCGCGAUCCGCAAUUCGGUGAUCUCACGUGAGCGCGAGUGAGUCUCCCGAUGAUAAUUAACACAGUGUCUAAUUAUAAAUAAGAAAAAAAGAACAGUACGCCGAACGACCAAAGCGUGUGGCUUCGACGAUUCGCGGAGUACUCGACGCGGUGCAACGCUGCUUGAUGUUCUAUUAACCUCUCUCUCUCUCUCUCUCUCUCUCUAUCUAUCUAUCUAUCUAUCUAUCUAUCUAUCUGUGUUAACGUUAUUAUUAGUGAUGCAACGCGGUGGUAAGGCGCGAGGGAGAGCGCGAGGGAGGUGACGCGCGACACGCCAACGGCGGAUCUCCACCUGUUAGUCGGCAUUUUGUCCUGGUACGUAAUCCGCGGUCGAUCAGUGGCGCCUGAGCCAUUAACUAUUGCUAAUGACACAAUUACCGUAGGUAUAAUUAGCGCAGCGAGACCAAUGUACGUCGAGCCCGAUCACGUGUGAGAGCCCAUCCGCAAUAGCGGGCGGCGAGACGCCGUGGCGAGUUGGCCACGGAAGCGCGCGCGCGCGCGCGAGUAUAACGAGAGAUGAUGUUUCACGUUAUGCGAUGGUUACGAGAGAGCGGUGGCAUAUAUUAAUAUAGCCGAGAUAUAUACAUAUUAUAGAUAUAAAA